AAACAAACUUUUAACCGUGCACUUCUGUUUGUUGUUUUGUGUUUGACGUUUUUGAGGACUCGCAACAGUAAUAUCACAAUUUCGACCCAGUAUGUGCGACACCGAUCCCCCGCCGUGCAAUGCGUACAAUCCGGAAUAUCCUCUGGAAAGUGACGAUGAGUAUGCCGGAAGUGGAAACCCAUUUUUUGCUGCGUCUUUUGAAAACAUCUCUGAUUCGGAAGGUUUAGAGGCCAAAAAUGACGAUUCAGAUCAUCCAGACCCAAACCCUGUGCCCAAGGUGUACACGGAUUUGUUCUGUGUGAAAGAGUACACUAGAGAAGACUUGUACCCAACGGAACUGGAUCCGACAUGUUACCCGGCGUGGACGCUUUCGCCCUAUUGGCCCGUGUAUGUGUCCAACUUCAUGCUGAACAGUUUCGACGAACUGGAGAGGAACACCCAAAUCGCCACAUAUUUUGCCAGCAAAGGACUUCUGAGCAGAAUGAUUUACAUAUGGUGUAAAGAUGAGCCUUAUUUCAAAAGGCACCAGAAAUGUACUCUGGUUCUGGACAUGCUGGUGUACUUUACCAGCAAGGAAGAUGCCGAUCGAGCGAUUCGUUGUUGCGAUAAAACAACUUACUACGGACACAGACUCAAUGUUAUGCCCGGGAGAAUUCCGCUGUAUUUCGAUCCGGAACGAACGAUAUGUUUCAAAAUGGCCAAGAGGGCUAUCCAUGUUACGGAUACAUGGGUGGAACUAACCCUUCGCAAUCUUGGAAUCGAGAACAUCGACACCAUCGUGAGGCAUUCCGAUUGUGAGGUGUUUGUGGAGUUUGGUGAUGUACACUCAAUGAGAAAGGCUGUGUCGGAAUCCAAAAAAUGGAUCCCUUCUCGUUUGACCUGUCCUGUUCGGAAACAACGGUUUCUGGAAGACGAUUGCAAAUAUGACAUGAUGUUUCUGAUCCAGGAAGAUCCCUCGUUCCUGGAUAUGCUUCCCCCUGAGUAUGCGCUGAAUGAUUUACUGAACGGAAAGCUGCCUCCGGUGGUGAGGGAUUGGGACAACUGGACGCGUCCAAAAGCUUUCCGGCCAAAGGUGCAUGAAACAAUCAAUCAGAACCGGUUGAAGCGGAAACAACAGUUGAUAGACAAUGCCAGAGCAAGACAAGAGGCGAAACGCAAAGGGCUACCCGUAGCCCCUAAAGGGCCCAAUCACGGGAAGAAAACAAAGUACGAAGUACUCCGUCAGAAGCAAGCCAUUCUUGGUAUACCUCGCAAAACCGAUUGGGGCAGGCAAAAUUUCACCAAACUUUCGGAGGAUCUGGCUUCCAUGAGAAUGAAACUUUUGACGAAGGGAGAGGUUGGAACGCUGGCGGUGCGCAAUAAGCUGUUCUACGCCAUGUUGAAGCAGGAGAAAAAGCUCGGAGGUUUGGUCGAUAGGUAUCAUGACCUGCAAUGCGAUGCUCUGGAGAAUGGUUUGACUGUGGCCAUCAUCAUAGCGGGUGAGAAUACACGCUUCCCACAGUAUCCAACCAAUGUGGAAAAGUCUGACGAGCAGGAACCGUUGGACAAGCUGUGGCCCGUCUACGUGGGCAAUUUCCCAGUGACCGAUGUGGAACCCAAACGGCGUAACCAGCAAGUUUGUGAUUUUUUCGCUUCGAAAAGCUACACCGUGAAGAUGGUCUACCUGGACGAGAAUGACAAAUUUUACAAUUCCUAUCUGAAGCCUGUCAAACUGUUGGACAUACUGGUGUACUUUGAGUCCAAGGAAGUGGCCGAUAAAGUUAUCGAAACAUAUCACGGCGUAAUGCAUCGGGGUUCGAAAUUGAGCGUGUAUCCUGGUCGUUGGAACGUAUAUUACUACACGAGUCGUACAGUGUAUCUUAAAGUGGACAAAGAUCCAAUCAUUGCCGAGCAGGCUAUAGAACGAGUUCUACUCAAUACUUCCCCGGAAGGCCUACAUGGUAUCGGUCGCUACCCCAAGAGGGCCUACUUUAGCUUUUGGAAACCUCACCAGCGGAGAGCUGCGGUAGGAAGUGGUUUGAAUUUGGUCUUGAUUUACAAGUCGAGACCUAAGCAAAGGUUCAUAGAACAAGACGUGAAGCCCGAUCUGCUGCGUAAGAUACUGAACGAUCCGGAUUUCUUAAACAGUCAACCGAAAGGAGAUGAUUUGAAGCAGCUGUUUGUUGCCGAAUCGGUGCCCCCAGAGGAAGGUGGCGAAAUAGUUUGGGUCGGCAAUUAUCUGCAACGCAAGCAGAUGAACGAAAGGAUCGGUAGGGUGCUAGCCGAAUGGGAAAAGCUACAGUGAUUUUUGUGCUACUUCAAGUAAGUUAUGAUACUGCUUUUUAUUUUAUUUUCUUUUGUUAAUGGAUUUUGAAUUGAAUUCAAAGCAAUGCAUUUUUACAAGAAUGAUUUGUAAAAAUAUGGUUAAAUACAUUCCGGACAUAUAUGUUGGUUCCUGUUCA